GGGCGGGUGGGCGGCGCGCGUGCGCAGAUCCGCCUCCCUGCCUUCUGGCUGCUGCCUCUGCCUCUCCUGCUGCUGCUCAGCCGGACUCGCCGCUGCUGCUGCUGCCGCCGCUCCUCCCGGGGCGGAUUUGGGACGGGCAUCGCCGCGGGCCGGGCGAGAUGGGCGUGCGCGUGGAGACCAUCGCCCCCGGGGACGGGAGGACCUUUCCUAAGCGCGGGCAGACUUGCGUGGUGCACUACACGGGUAUGCUAGAAGAUGGCAAGAAGUUUGACUCCUCCCGUGACAGGAACAAGCCAUUCAAGUUUAUGAUGGGCAAGCAGGAGGUCAUCCGUGGCUGGGAAGAAGGCUUUGCCCAGAUGAGUGUCGGCCAGCGAGCCAAGAUGAUAAUCUCGCCAGACUACGCCUACGGUGCCACUGGCCACCCGGGAAUCAUCCCACCCAACGCCACUCUAAUUUUUGAUGUGGAGCUUCUGAAGUUGGAAUGACAAGAGGCACGUGUUCUCCCAUCUCCCUGCUCUGGGGUCUGGCACAUGGAGAAAUCCAGAAAUCUUUGCUUCAAGAUGAAUGCACAUGAAUUUGUAUGGAGCUUUCCCAGCUAUCCACUACACUCUUGGUGUAACCAUCCACCCUGUUUUGAAUGUGUUGGGUCACUUGGCUCGGCUUCUGACUCUCCUUCCAUGUUUUCCUCUGAUUUUUGACAUUUUUAAGCUACAUGCUGUAAACUUCAGCUAUCUAUUUUUUGGUCAGGUUCUUUAAUCUUAUUUUUUGUUGGGUCUUUUUUUUUUUGGUGUAGACUUGAUUUGUGACUAGUAAGUAUACUGAUUGGUUCACAUUAUAUAGGAACAGUUGCUUGAACAAGGCAAACAUUUUUUGUUUUUUUUGGAAGUAUCUAUUGUAUUAAACCAAUUUGCUGCUGCAAAGCCAUACAAAGCAGUUUGAGGAGCUAUUGAGGGCUGUAUCACCCAGAAAGCUGCGUGGUCAUUGGAGCUGAUCUGGCCUGACGCUUGGGGCCUCCGGGGCCUCUCUCCCUCCCCCCCCCACUGCCCCCUUUGCUUCCGUCUUGGAAAAGGGGCAACUUUCACAACAACAUAGCAGUAACCUUUUUAUUCUGGGGCUGUCCGUGCCCCCCAGAUCAUGGACCCCUUCCCAUCCCCCAUCAGUACUGUGGUGUAUUUUCUACUGGGUUUUUAGGAUAUUUUAAAUCUGUAGCCAUCUGAGUUCCACAACAGCUCAGUUCAAGAACUUGGUAGGUGCUGUCUUAUGUGGGGCAAAGGGGAAGAAUCCAGGCCACCUCCCCAGCCACCAGUACGGAUCUAAGAGUGAAGGGGUUCUCAGACUUGUGUCCCCGGAUGUGGCUGGACUACAGCUCCCAGCCUUCCCAGCCCCAGGGGCCAAAGGGCGUUGCGCUUGGGAAUGACGGGAGGGGUUGUCCAGCCACUUCUGGGGACCCGCGUCUGAGAAGCCCGGCACGAGCGAGUUGUUUCCUGAGAUCGGAUGCUGGUCAUCGCCGCUUGCAACAGCCUCCUUGUAUAAUGCACCAAACCUUCCAGGUGUGUGACACCAACCCCCCCACCCCACCCCCACCGUGUAGUGAAUUUGGUAAGAGAAUUGCCGCUGCCACUCCCUCCAUCGCCACAUAAACAUAGAGUUUUAUUAUUGCAAUAAAAGAACUGCUUUAUGCUGGCUUUUCUCA